UGUUAUCUCCCUAACAGCUGUUAAGUUUCAAACGCAGCUAACUUAAGUGUACGUGUCUUUUCUUCCUGUUCUCUGUAAUAAGCAAGAUGCCCGGUGUUACUGUAAAAGAUAUCGACCAACAUGCGGUUGUUAAAGCAGUAGCGGUCUUUCUGAAGAAGACGGGUAAAUUGAAAGUCCCCGAUCAAAUGGAUAUUAUUAAAACGGCCAAAUACAAAGAAUUGGCGCCUUAUGAUCCCGAUUGGUUUUACAUACGUUGCGCUUCAAUUUUGAGGCAUUUAUACCACCGUAGCCCUGCUGGCGUUGGUUCAAUUACAAAAAUUUAUGGUGGCCGCAAACGUAAUGGGGUACAUCCGUCGCAUUUUUGUCGUGCUGCUGAUGGCGCCGCUCGCAAAGCAUUACAGGCCCUAGAACAUGCUCGACUUAUCGAGAAACAUCCUGAUGGUGGUCGCAAAUUGACACCAAUUGGACAACGUGAUUUAGAUCGUAUUGCUAACCAAAUAGUAGCUAAACAACGAGAGUCCGCAAAACAAUGUGGACCUUUGGUCAUUUCUAAAUAAAAAGAAACGGAUGCUAAGUUUAUGAUAAUAAAAA